AUGUCCGAGCCCAUUCCUGAAUCGAUACCCACCUCGCACGACCGCAUCUCCUCGCGCCCAGCGAAAAAGCUACGCCAACUCCCACCUGGCUCUGCCUCAGCCUCGGUCGCCAAAACACACACCUCUAUGGCGCCUCCACCAGAGAUCGUGACGAACGUGCAAGGCAGUAGUGCGGGUGCGGGCUCAGGCGAGUUUCAUGUGUACAAAGCGAGUCGGAGGCGGGAGUAUGAGCGAUUGCGAUUAAUGGAUGAGGAGGCGAAGCGGGAGGAGGACGAUGCGGACUGGGCGGCUAAGGAGAGGGAGAGGAAGGAGAGGGAUGAGGAGCAGACGAGGCGGAAUCGGGAGCGGAGGAAUAAGAAGAAGAAUAACCGGAAGCAGCAGAAGAAUGGGAAGGGUGGUGGAGGUGAUGACGGGAUGGAGGAGGAGGUGAGGGAGAAGCAGCCGUCGAAGUUGCGGGAGGUGCAGAGGUUGGCGGAUGAGGAUGAGGGGGCAAAUGGAGAGCACGAGGUGGGAGGGGCGGUGCAGCAGGAGAACGGCAUUACGAUUCAUGACGACGACUGA